AAAACAAAUAUAACUAUUUGAUGUUAGAAUUUUGGAAGCUCUGAAUGCAUUAUUUUGAAAAUGGUAAAAUUUUCAUAACAUUAAAAUAAGAUAUUCUUUAAAUAUGAAAUAUAUAUUAUUGUAUUGUAAAGGCAAUAAGUUAGGCAUGAGAAUAGAGUUAUAUCUAAUACAAUAGUAUAUGAAAAUAUCUAAGCAAACAAUCUGUUUUUAUGUUGUAGAAUAAACCAAUAUCUGUUACGCCAUAUGUCAAAAAACAUAAUAAAACUUAAUAAUGAUAUAAUUAUUGUAACUAUUGUUAAUAUUAUUAUUAUUAUAAUUAUUAUUAAUUUUUAUGAUUCAUUAAUCAAGUGUAGACUGGCUAUAUUGUACUGCAAUAUAUUUCGUGAUGUAUUGAGCUCUACUCAAAAUUCAUUGUUUUUAAGAUAAGGGGAAAUUUCAUCUAUAAGUGCAUUUUUUCACACAGCACAAAAUUUGCCCAUUUUAACAAAUCAUAGCAAAGCGCACUUAUUACGCACAAGUAACUAGCGUAAACGUAUGUGUACACGACAGAAAGUAACGUAGGCACGUAGGACAUGAAAGCGGAAGAAAGAAGAAAGAACGGAUGAAGAUAUUAGGCUGUGUACGCAUCGUGGAUGCUUUGCUGUUAGAUUUUGGCGCAGAGCAUAGUGCGGUACUGCUCUUGCAUUAGGGAUUUUUUGUAUCUAUCCUUUGGUAUAGACUUCUAAGCUAUAGCAAAAAAGGAUAUGAUCCAGAAGAGAGAGCGCAGUCGCAAACAAUAUUUAGGAGUGAAACCACGUGUGUGUAAAAGCGAAUUGUGAAGCAAAAUAAAAUCGGAUAUUAACGAAACAGGUACAUUUUCAAUAUGUGAAAUAAUACGCAUAGACAGCGUGAUCAUUGUCAGAACGGGUAAAAUACUAUAGACAGCACAUUAUAUUUUGUGCCAGCAUAGAAACUCCAAAUCUGUACACCGGCAUACAAAACCGUGUAAUAAGGGUUAAUAUUUUUUAUUCCAAUUCAGUUCUACCUUAAACGGCGUAAAGUGCUAUCGUGUCAGUUGUUUCGUGAACAGUGCUUCUUAUAAAAAAUAUACAAAGUCACUGUAAGUGUAGACCGAAACAGGAACAACAUGGCGAACCGUAAUCGUUCUCGUAAAAGUGGUGCUUUCUAUCGCAAGGCGGCAAAUCAUAUGAAAAUGAAAGUGAAUAAAAAGGAUAAAAUGGAGGCUGGAUCGAGUCGUCAAAAACAACAUGACGUACCUGCCAACUCAUGCACUACUGCAGAACCUCAUGAAGAAGAAAUGCAGCAAGUGCAUUUCCCAGCAAAGCAACAUGACGUACCUGCCUCAUGCACUACUACAAAACCUGAUGAAGAAGAAAUGCAGCAAGUGGUAACAGAGGAGUUACCGGAAUUGUCUGACUUUACCAACGCAGACGAAAGUUUCUCUGACACCAGCGAUGUGGAAGACGACAGUGUUCGCAACAUAGAUACUAUGUCAAUCGAAGAUGGCCUUCGAUUUUGGGCGUUGUCGAGCAAUGCACCGCAUAGUUCCGUCAAUAUGGUUUUAAAAUUGUUUAAAAAAGCAAACGUUAAAGUUCCGUCAACUGCAAAAACUUUGUUGAGGACGAAACGUAAUCCAUCGUCGGAAAUAAAAGAGAUUGGCGGUGGACAGUAUUGGUAUCGCGGAAUCACAAAAUGCUUGCUUAAUUAUUUUCGAACUAAAAAGCCUUCUUCGACAACUUUUUCAUUGACUGUUUCAGUAGAUGGUUUACCAUUGCACAACAGUAGUAGCAUGCAAUUUUGGCCCAUAUUAUUUAAAAUCAACGAACUACCCAAAGCACCGGUUAUGACAGCCGCUAUCUUCUGUGGUCUUAAAAAGCCGGAUAGCAUCGAUGAGUAUCUCGGUCCGUUGGUAAAAGAAUUAAACCUUUUGCAUUCUAACGGAAUCAAAAUCAACGGAGAACUUAUCACCAUUACGCUAAGUGCUAUCGUUGCUGACACUCCAGCCAGGGCUUUUAUAAAAGGCGUUAAAGGACAUACUGGAUACGCAUCUUGUAUGAAAUGCACUAACAAUGGAGUAUUCAACAAGGAGUCUAAAACAACGGUUUUUUGUGGGAUCAACGCACCUAAAAAAACUGAUGAAGGCUUCAGAGCCGAUAAUUACCCUGGGCACCGAAUCAUACCGACUCCCUUUUUGCAACUGGCACAAUUCGACAUGAUACGUGAUAUCAUUGUGGCAGAUCGGUUGCAUCUCAUCGACCUCGGGAUCAUGAAGCGUUUACUUUUGGGAUGGCGAGACGGCAAGUUGGACAUAAAAGCUUGGAACAAACAACAAAUUGAGUUGAUAGAUAAAGCAUUGGACAAGAUUCGGCAACCAUCAGAAGUGCAUCGAAAGCAGCGUCCUAUAAAGUACAUCAAGUACUGGAAAGCAUCUGAGUGUGCAUUUUUUCUCCACUAUCCGGCGAUCGCAGUACUGAAAGAUCAUCUACCACAAAAUGUAUACAAACAUUUCUUGCUGCUGUUUUGUGCUAUAACAAUUCUAUCUACAAGAGUCUACAAGCAAAAAUGGCCUCUCGCUGGACAACUGCUGGAUAAAUUCGUAGCGGAUUUCCCCACAGUCUAUAACGAGCGAUAUAUGACGAGCAACAUCCACAAUUUGCAGCACGUAUUUGAAGACGUUGAUCGUUUUGGACCCUUGUCAGAAAUUUCUACUUAUCCAUUCGAAAACAUGCUUCAAUACCUGAAAAAUUUACUUCGUAGUGGAUGGAAGAAUCUUGAGCAGGCCAUCAACAGACUUUCAGAGUUGGAUGAAUUCGAAAUGCCAAUGGAAAGAAGCAAUGUAAAAUAUCCUACAAUCUGCACCAAAGGAAAAAUAACGACUGUUCAUGUCCGAGAAAAUUUCAAUUUGCAGAACAAUGAUAAAAAUUGUUGGUUUCUAACGAAGGACUGCUGCAUAAUAAAAUUUAAAUCAACAAAUACGGAAACGGUUAACGGUGGUAGACUGUCCAUAAGUGGCCAAAAGCUCGCAGUAAAAGGAUUAGCAUUUAGCGAGCCAUUUGAUUCUAGCGAGUUAUUUAUAUUUAAGGGGAACAUUGAAAGCCUUGAAAAUUAUCGUUUAGAAUUAAAUGCUGAUUUUAUUAAAUGUAAGUUAGUAUGUAUUAAAGGAAUAACCCCGAAUGAUACUAUGUUUAUUCCGCUAGUACAUACAUUGAUAUAGAAUAAAUAUAAAACAAUAAAUAUGAAUGUAAACAAGAAAACA